AUGGCUUCACACUCUCUCUUGAGCGCUUUCAAAGCUAAUAAACCCGCUUUCGGCGUCUGGUGCAUGCUCCCUGGCGCUUUCAGUGCGCGUCUUGCAGCACAGUCGAGCCCGCAUCUGUCAUGGGUUCUGAUAGAUUGCGAGCACGGAAUGACCCCGCUUCAGCCUGGCGCAGCAGAGUCUGUGCAGGCCAUCUCUGGGAUCGGCGCCGAUGCGCCAAGUCCACUUGUGAGGGUUCCAGCGACGGGCGCCCACACGGGGACAGGAUGGCAAAUCAAGUACGCAUUGGAUGCCGGCGCGCGAGGGAUAAUUGUUCCGAUGGUUGGGACAGCUGAAAAAGCUAAGGAGGUGGUAGCAGAUAGUCGAUUUCCCCCUCUGGGUAGGAGGGGGUUUGGAAGCCCAAUCUGUUCUAGCAUCUGGGGCAUGGGCGCUACCGAAUACUUCACAGCCGCGAACGACAGCAUCUUGGUGAUCGUCCAAAUCGAGACACCUGAAGGUGUGCAGAACGUGGAGUCCAUCGCCGCAGUUGACGGAAUCGAUGUCCUAUUUAUUGGGCCUUUUGACCUGUCCUUGUCUCUCGGCUAUCCUGCUCCUUCCCCGGACCCUCAUCCAGAGGUUGAGAAGAUCAUUCAGAACGUUCUCAAAGUCUCGCAUAGCGCUGGCAAGAAAUGUGCCAUCUAUUGUACGUCCGGUCCGCAGGCAGCACAGCGCGCCGCUCAAGGGUUCGACAUGAUCAACGUGACAGCCGACUUUCAAGCCAUGACACAGAGUCUGGCUAGCAGCUUGGCUGCGGCU